UUAAAUUUUUCAUUUUUUCUAAUGUUAUUUUUUCUUCCUCGGAGAGUUUGAAUCUGACUAUUUUACUGCAGUACUUGAUGCUGUAUCAACCAGCUUCUGACAGCAAAUGUUCAGGGUGACCGCAAAUAGAUACGGAGUUGGUCUUAUGUUUACACAGUUGAUGGACAGCUGAACUUUUGAUUACGUUUUAGGUAUCCGCCAUUUUGAUUUCUAAAUCUGACAGAUUUUUUGUUGCCUGCCUGCUGAAGUAUAAUUUCGGACAGUGUCAACACAGCCGCUCGACAGGCCGACCACAGUGUAAAUGACAUUGCAGCCGGGAAAGGGUAGUAUCAGUAUCUACAAGCUAACAACGCAGUCAUGAAUAUCCAGCUAUGGGCCUCCGUGUGACCUGACAACCACAGUCGCCGAGUUCUCGUUCAGCUUGUACAUGACGACUGAUUAAAUGAUGGAUAAAAGGUUGAAGGCAGUCUCUCCUGGGUUUGUGUGUCUGGUGUAUGAAUGAAUGAAUGAAAGUGGGUUGUGUUAGUGUCCUUACUGUGUGAAUUUGCUGAUGCUGAUUGAUGUCCAGGCCAUGCAAUGUCAAUAAGGCAAAUGGCUGUUUAGCAAGAUCUGACUGAGGAUACUACUCCUUGUCUGAAUCUAAGAAUACACGCCGGUGACGUCACGUCAGCCAUGUUUUGGAAGUUUGACCUACACACAUCCUCUCACCUGGAGGCUCUACUGGACAAGGAGGAUGUCACACUCAUGGAGCUCAUGGAGGAGGAAGAUGUGUUGCAGGAGUGCAAGGCCCAGAACAGAAGGCUUCUCCUGUUCUUGUGCCAGGACCAGUGCAUGCAGGACCUGGUCCGUAUGAUUACUACAGAGCCCCCUGCUGGUGUAGAGGAGACAAAGCGCUUUAAGUGUUUUCUCUUCAUUUAUUACAGGUAUCCAAAUAUAGCAUGUGAGCUGUUGACAUGUGAUGUGGGAGUGAUCAAUGAUAAGCUUGGUAAUGAGGAGCCUCUGCUGGAAACUCUCUAUGCCUUCCUGGAGCAACCGUCCCCGCUUAACCCCCUCCUGGCAUCUUUCUUUAGCAAGACAAUUGGGAACCUCAUCACACGGAAGACUGAGCAGGUGAUUAGUUUCCUGCGACGGAAAGAGGGUUUCCUUUCCCUGGUAUUGAAGCAUAUUGAUACAUCAGCCAUGAUGGACGUGCUCCUAAGACUUAUUAGUUGUGUGGAGCCACCCCCUCUGCGGCUCGAGACACUUAUUUGGCUGAAUGAAGAGAAGCUGGCCCAGAGACUCAUCGAGCUCAUUCACCCUGAGAGAGAUGAAGAGAGGCAGUCCAAUGCAUCUCAGACUUUGUGUGACAUAAUUCGUCUGAGCAGAGACCAGGCCAAUCAGCUCCAAGAGAUUUCACAGCCUGACCCUUUGCUUACUGUGCUAGAGUCGCAGGAGUGUGUGGAGCAGUUGCUGCAGAAUAUGUUCUCAGCAGAGAGUACUGAGAGCUGCAUCGUCAAUGGAAUUCAAGUUCUGCUCACAUUAUUGGAAAUCAGGAGGCCUGUGGUGGAUGGUGUAAUGGAUGCUCAGGGAUUUGAGAGAAGUUACACUGUUAACAGCAGCAUUUUGUUGGCCAUCCAACCACACCUGAAACACUUCCAUCAGCUACUUCUGGAGCCACCCAAACGAAAUCCCAUGCUGACUACUCUGGGUGUGCUGGAGGAACCACUAGGGAACACACGUCUGCACGUAGCCAGGCUGGUGGCCUCUCUGCUGUAUACCAGCUCUGCUAGCCAUGCGGUCGUAGCACAGGAACUCUGUCGACUCAAUACAAUGGACCUGCUUCUGGACUUGUUCUUCAAGUAUACAUGGAACAACUUUCUGCACCUCCAAGUGGAGCUCUGUGUCGCUGCCAUCCUUCGGCCCUGUGCCCAUGAAAUGAGGCUUCAGCCUGGCCUGGGAUUGCAGGAAAAAUUCAAGCCUCAUCAGGAUGUUUCACAAGAGCAGGCUUUGACUGAUUCCCCCUCUGAACCAGCCACCUCUGAAAACUCUGCACAUAAUCUAAUGGUGACUCAUUUGUUUCAGCACUGCCACCUUGUCCAGAGGAUUCUGGAGGCUUGGGAAGAAAAUGAUAAAAUACAGUCAGAGGGCGGUAUGAGAAGAGGGUACAUGGGACAUCUUACCAGGAUUGCCAACACAGUAGUCCACAACCUGGAGAAGGGCCCGGUUCAUACACAGAUUAGUAGCCUCAUCACAGAUCUGCCUGAGGACUACAGAGGGCGCUGGGAAACCUUUGUUGACCAGACCUUGUCAGAGACUAAUAGGAAGAACACCAUAGACCUGAUUGGCACUGGGAACCCUCGUCCUUCCUCAGAGGAUGACAUGGAGAGCCCCUUCCCUAAGGAGCUGACACUACAGCAGGCCUUCUCAGACUACCAGAUCCAGCAGAUGACUGCUAAUUUUGUGGAUCAGUUUGGCUUCAAUGAUGAAGAGUUUACUGAUCAUGAUGACAGCAUUGGAGCAACAUUUGACCGAAUUGCAGAGAUCAAUAUCAACAUUGAUGCAGGCCAGGACACUGCUAACACAGCUGUGUUUGAGGCCUGUUCCAAGGAGAGGAUUCAUCCCUUUGAUGAUGAUGAAGAGGACAUUUGGGAAGAGAAAGAGAUCAACUUUGCAACACAAACCAAGUCCCGUAACAGGUUUGGUGGGUCACGAUCGUCCCCGAGCCCGUCAGCUAGUAAAGAUUGUGAUAGUACAGCAGCUUCUGGCCCAGAUCCCACUGAGACCGCAGCAGACUCAGACUCUGAAGAGGGAGAGGAUCCUAAAGAUGACCUGGAUCCUUUCUCAAGUCUGGCCCAGACCGAGGCAACAAAGACUACUGACUGGAUCGCAGACUUUGGGGAGGUGAACUCAAAAGCCCCUGCAGCAGGAGUGGGCUUUUCUGCCUGGGACACUCCAGACUCCCAACCUGCUGCCACAGAGGCAGAGGAGAAAGGAUGGGCCAAGUUCACUGACUUCCAGCCUUUCUGUUGCUCUGAAACAGGACCCAGAUGCAGCUCUCCUGUGGACUCGGAGCUCAGCGGAUCGGGCAACACCAAACCAAACACGAACCCGUGUGUGUGGAGUGCAUGUGUGGCGAGAAAAGCUCCAUUGGUGGCAUCAGACAGCUCUUCCUCCAGCAGCUCAGAGAGCGAUGAGGAAGAGGGGAAGACAGAGUCUGCAACCAGCGAGACGGUCACCACAGAGACCAUCACUACAGGAGCUGGCAAGGAGACAAUUCGACUCACCAUGGACGCCAAAAAUGAAAGGGCAGUCUUCAGCAGCGAAGCAGAUAAGGUGCCAGUAGAGGGACUCUCCAUUAAGGACAAGGUGAAAGGCAAGGAGAAAGAAGGCGAAAAAGGAAAGAAACACGGAGACUGUCCAAACACAACACCUGCUAGUCCAACUAACCAGUCAGCUGCUGUCACACAGUAAGUGUGUGUACACGUGUGUGAAUUUGAAGUAAAGAGAAACAAAGCCCUCUACUAAUGGACCGGCCUAAUGGUGCAGGACACGCACACACGCACACACGCACACACACACACACACACACAUAAACACAUGCUUCAUACCUGUCCAUUCAACACACUGCAAUGCCACCUUUGCUUCCUGUUAGCAGCCCUCCAAUGCUCUUUUUGUGUCUGAAGAAUUGGAGAUGUGUUGAGGUCAAACAGCCCUUAACAGUAUGUAUGCUGGAUAACGCAUAUCUACACAUACAGUAGGUACAUUGACCUCUUCUGCACCUUCAUGACAUGAUAACAACUGAACCGCUUCAAUGAGGAAUGUGUGUUUUAAAGAACAUUUCAUCGUACCACACUCCCAAAGCCAAAUUCCAUUAGAUUUAAACUACUUUAAAAUGUGAUUUCCCCAUUGAACUUGUGAGAGUGACAACACUGCGGUGAUGAGCAGAGGUUACACUGAGUGAUUGAUUGCCAGCUGUGGCAUGAAGUCUGAAAUUUGACAUUUAUUAAAUACAGCAUCAAAUUUCAGAUUGUUUGAGCAUGUCUGCUCUCUGGGCAUUAAAUCACAGUCCAGAGAUUUUUUUCUAUUAGAGCAUUUGACUGUUUACACUUUAGUAAAGAAAACUGUAUUCAAAUAAUCAGCCAAGAUUACAAAAGCCAAGAUGCUUGCACAGCUAGCUGCCAUUUUCUCCUUAGCAUUUCAAUGUACAUACCAGGCAUUUUAAUAGUGCAAAUGUAUGAGUGAUAAUGAUUUGGCUUUUUUUCAUACAUGCUAUCUAAAUCAUUUCUCAAUCCAAGUAAGCUUUCUUUGCUUUGAUCAUGCGGUACAUAAACGCUCUCUUUCUCCUCAUUUGGAGCAUCAGAUUUAGGAGCAUCAUGUGUUACUUUCUCCUCAAACCUCUGACAGAUUCAUGUAGAUUCAAAUGUGCUGUUGUAUUCAUGUGUGUAGACAUGUGUGUAUGUGUGUUUGAGCUCUGUCUGAGGUACAGAGUGCAUUCUCAGGUCAAAGGAGAGGUAUGCAGAUACAAAGAAAGCACACCUGUGUAACACACACACACACACACACAUAUCGCCGUACACACAUGUAUACACAACCAAAUCUAUACACACGUGCAAAAAAAUACAGUGAUGUGCACAUACCAAUUCAUAUCACCCUCAGAGCUGUUUAAAUGUAAUAUUGUGAAAUUUGAACCUGUAUUAGGUUGUGGCUAUUCUUGGUAAUAUGUAAACGUAAUAUAAAUGUAUACAGUAUAUAUAAACAUUAUAUCUAUUUUUGGAAUAAAUCCAAUGUAUGGAAAGGCGGUUGUUUUGCAGGUUGCAACGUGUGUAUUGUAUGUGUGUGUUGUACUGUUGAAAUGAGGCAAUAAUGAUGUCUGUGUUUCGGUUAAUACCCCAGCAUCAGUUCCUGUUCCUCUGCUACAUGCUUCCUACAUGGAGGUUUGGGAGUGUGUGUGUGAAUGUGAGUUGGUAGUCUGCGCUGUGUCCUCCCUAUUAUUUACUUAAAAGAUCAUUCUGGUUUAUUAAAACUUUGGCCUCGGUUUCAUUCAUCCAACUAUAUCAAAUAAAUUGAAUAAACUUUAUUUUAGUAUCUUAACCGGCAGCCUCCUUUGAUCGGACAGAACAAUUAACUUGAUGGCAUCACUUUGGUCUAUAAACUUUCAGGAAAUAGUGAAAAAACCCAAACGAAAAAAUCCUAUUAUCAAUAAAUUGAUGAUGAUAAUUAUUAUACUAUUACACUUUGGAUGAACACUUAAAUUAUUAUUAAUUUCCGAAAGUACUUUUUUUAGAUAACCUGACAAUCUGUCGGCUUGUUUAUUUAUUUUUUUCCAAAUAUAAUAAUAUAAUAUUUCCAAAUAUGCAAGAACAACUUAUUCCCACUAAAAAAUCAUUAAAAAAAAAAGUAAUAACAUUAAAAAGAAAACUGUUUAAAAACAAAUUUAAUUACCCCUUUUCUUUCUUCAUGUUACUAACAUAUAACUUGAGUACAAUCUAAUCAUAACUGAUAGAAAUUGUGGCCAAAACUACAAAACGAAAACUGAAACUGAUAAAUCAGAAUUAUCCUUUAAUGUUUCCAGACAGUCAUGCUUUACUUUAUCUUUCUCCUCGUCUCUCUCUUUCUCAGGGCAGGAGUUGACUUUAAUUGGCAUAUAUGCCUAUGGAACGAUUUACAUAGAUUGUUGUAUUUAUUUUAAAAGCACUUUUUCAAGAAGCACUUUUGGUUUGUAUUUGGUGGUGCCCGUUGCCACCACAUUAUUCCCCACUCAAAGAGGUGGGAAUGUUUGACUUGAACGCGUGAAUUAUGUAGAUACUUUUUCUUCAAUGCUUUCUGCCAAAGUGUGUCUUCCCACCAGUGUUACAACUGGCUUUCAUAUCUGUGAAGUAGCCUCCUUUCUUGCAAAGGUGUCACAGGUCUAGAUUUAUCUAAAGCAGUCUUUGUUUGAUCCCUCUCUUGGUUUUUUUCAAGUCAUGUGAUAGAGUUAUCAGCAGUGGGAGAGGAUGCCACAUGUCAAAGAAAGACUUUGAAGAUUCAUCUUAGAUCACAGAUAUUUUUGCUUUUAUCCGUUCAGCACUUUGAGCUGUUUGAAGUGGAGCUGAGUAGAGAGUAAGCAUUUGUUUAAGUCAGGGUUAGAGGAGAAAAACAGGGCUGUUUUUUGUCAGGGUGUGUACAGGGUCAGAAUAUGUCAUCCUGUCUUUCGCCAAACCUAAGCACUGCAUCUGACCCUCACCUUUGUGUGUUGGUGUGUGUGUCUCCUUCACCUUGAGAGUGCGGUGUGUGUGCAGUGUAGCUACGGGUAUGGUGUGAUGUUAUGCAUAAUGGCAUGAGGUACAAUACAGUCAUCUUUAAGUGCCAUUAAGUUUGCACAUUAGCCUCAUUCACCUCAUUGGAUAUAUGCUGUAUUGUACAGUGCGUAACCAGAACUUUAAUUAAAGAGACAGUGGGUGUUCAAUUGUUACUUCAUCCCAUUGUCUGUUAUUUACACUGAGGCCAUUACAAAGUUUCAAUCUUUCUCACAUUAUAGCUGACAU